AGAUGAUGAUAGUGUUGGUGAUACUUAUCUACUUCAAUGGUCUCCUUGUUAGCUCUGAGAGUAACUACCUUCCCUUCCUGUAUCCUACUGACUACAUGCGUAUAACAAUGAAUGACUAUUCUUUUGACGAGAUUUUGCUACCAUCGCUACUUAAAUUUGGAUCACGAUGCUACAGCUGUGCAAAGAUUACUACUGAUGGGUAUGUUGCCUUUGGCUACUUCUAUCACUCCAAGUUUUCAUACAUUGCUCCAUAUCGAGAUGGAACAGAUCUAAAUAAAGGAGGGGAGGUUCGCUUUGCUACAAUCUUUCCUUCAAAGGAUCCCUCAAUCUUCAGACAAGUCAAUAGCUACUUAUCUAAUUCAACUGGCAGUAGUGUGUCUGCAGAAUGGAUACUGUGGACUGAAUGGUAUGAAAUAUGCCCUUCUAUCAAUCAAAGUUGUCACUCUAAUCAGACUAAUCAUUUUCAAGUUGUAUUAGCUUAUCAAAGUAAUGCCACAUAUGCUGUGUUUAUAUACAAGUGUGGACUCAUACGAUGGACAAAAUAUAGAGCUUUUGUUGGUAUUUUUAAUCACUUCAAUACAUAUGAUAAUUCAGGAUACACUAGCGUCCAUCCAUUAUCUAAUACUGAUAAUGUUACUGACAUAGACUGUUAUGAUGUAGUGUCAGGAUGGACUAAUAUUGUAUACAGACUAGAUCAAGGCCAGCUAGUUUUAAAAGGAUUCAGAAUUGUAUCUAUAACAUAUGAUAGCAUUAUUGUGUCAUGGGAAGUUUAUCCAAAUGAUAACACCAUACUAUCCUUGAAUGUCGCUGAUUCCCAGCAAACAGUUAACAAGACGAUUAAUGUUGCUGGAUACAAUAAUGUGUAUACUCAUAAUGGGGAGGUUUAUAUGUGCAAUGUUUAUACUUUCAAGUUGACUCUACCAACAGAAAAAACUGGAUGUAAUGAAAACAUUAAAGUCAUAUCAAUAGCAUUGACACCAAAACCUGAAAAUGUAUCUGCAUUAUAUCUAACCAAUGAAAUAUUAACAAUAAGAUUUCAAAUACAACAGUGCUUUAUAAAUAAAGUGCAAUUGAUUCUGUUUGAAGCUAAUGGACACAUUAAUACAUCAGAUCCAUUAGAUAUUAACAGUCUUCAAUACAUUGAUGAGUUUUAUAUUAUACACUGGAAUAUAAAACUAAAUGAUCAUUCAUUGUAUUACUUAACAGUAUCAGCGAUUGGUACAUAUGGAACUAGUACUUCUGAUCAUGUAACUGAAAUAAAUACAUAUAAUGUGAAGGAUAUAAUAAUAAAGAGGAAUGAAAAUAUUGUCUGUUUUACUUGUGUUACUGAAGUGUUCAAUGAAUGUCAAUUGAUGAUAACAACACUGAUACCACAAUCAAUACAAACUAAUGGAACAUGUUAUUCAUUUACUGAUAAUGGAACAUACACUGUAUAUGCACAUGAUAUUGAGAAUGGAAUAAAGAUACUGACACCAGCAAUAGUUAUUGAAUACAUAGUUGACUGGAUUAAACCAGUUUUACAAAUGAUACCAUCACACACAGUAUUGUUGGUAAUACUCAGAAAAAAAGUAGGCAACAAUACUAAGUCACAAGACAUAUACGACAUUCCUAUCAAAAGUGAAGCAAAUUCAGCACAUAAAAUGAAGAGGCUAAAUAGUGAAAUAGCAACAUCUCAAAACUGCUCCUACAGUGGUACCACUAAUAUUUGUGAUACACCAAUAUAUGAUGAUAUAGCAUAA